CCCCCAUGUAGUCGCCAUUUUAUUGAGAGGCGAAAUCGUAACGGCGGCGGCGGCGGCGGAGGCGGCGGCGGGUGAGUGCGUGUCGCUGCGGGUGACGGUCCUUGUGGAGGUGAUCACGUCGGUGACAGCAAGGUUACAGAAUUCAGCCGCAAUGGGGAACAUGUUCGAAAAGCUGUUUAAAAGUCUGUUUGGGAAAAAGGAGAUGCGGAUCCUCAUGGUGGGCUUAGAUGCAGCCGGCAAAACCACCAUCUUGUACAAACUGAAGCUGGGAGAGAUCGUGACCACCAUCCCUACGAUAGGUUUCAAUGUGGAGACAGUAGAAUAUAAAAACAUCAGCUUCACAGUCUGGGACGUUGGUGGCCAGGACAAAAUCAGACCUCUGUGGCGACAUUAUUUCCAGAACACCCAAGGUCUGAUUUUUGUGGUUGACAGCAAUGACAGAGAGCGAGUCAAUGAGGCCCGGGAAGAACUAACGAGAAUGUUAGCCGAAGAUGAGCUUCGAGAUGCAGUUUUAUUGGUGUUUGUAAAUAAGCAGGAUCUUCCCAAUGCUAUGAACGCAGCAGAGAUCACAGACAAGCUCGGCCUACAUUCCCUCCGCCAGAGAAACUGGUACAUUCAGGCUACCUGUGCCACCAGUGGAGAUGGGCUUUACGAAGGCCUGGACUGGCUCUCCAACCAGCUCAAAAACCAGAAGUGAUUGGAAGCAGUUCAUUCCCCGUGCAUCGUGGCAAAGCCGGCUGGCCUUUCCUGUGUGCGUGUGAGCGUGUGAGGAGCCCACGGGGCGGUGUGGCUGGGAGUGGAGCAGCUUUCUCACACCGUGCCUUAUACACUCUGUAAGAAACCCAGUAUUACAUUUUAAGGGAACCAGUGUUACAUUUUGAAUGCUACCUUCCAUUUCACUAGCGUUGAUGGUCCUUUCUGCAGUCUCUGUGGGUGCUGUAAGCCAGAGCAUCUUUGGGCUGGAAGAGAAGGGAGCUGGGACGGGUCGUUGCAGUCCUGGGUCUGGCAUUUCCACACACCCGCAACCCUGCUGGACUUCAGUGUCCUUACGUAAGAGCAAAGGAGGGAGCUGCCACUGUUUCCCAUCAUGCCAAAGCUAGUAGCUCACUUUUCAGUGCUGAAAAGCACUCCUCCAGAAGGAAAGGUACUUGCUUCGCACUGUAAGCGUCAAGGGGUCAGACUGGGAAGCUUCCCUUGAGUUUAGCCUUAGCCCAGACUUCCUGAUGCAGCCUGCUUGAGUCAGAGGAUUCAGUCAGUGACCUUUUCAUUAGUGCCAACAUUGUAACACUAGAGGAAUUUCCAGCCCUUCCCUUACUUGCCAAGUGGAGGCCCUGUCAGGUAGUGGUCCAGCGGGAGGACAGGGCUCUUUCUCCGAGUCCAGAGCCCACAGUGAAGGCAAGGUGGCUGCAGGCAGGGGGUGAGGUGGCUCCUGUGUUUUGACAUCGCCGGGGCUCGGGCCGAGGCUGCUGCUCCCCCUCCCUGCUCUGUGCUGAAUGUUGGCCUGAGGCAGCAGGCUCACCCUGGGUGGAGUAGUCACCUGUCCAGCUGGCCCAGUCCACCAUAAUUCCUGUUCCCAGAGCUGCAUAUCUGUGAGUUCUGAGAGUUUGUGCGAGAUUGAGAGGUCAAUUUGGGAGUGAAGUUUCCAGUAGCCCCUAGUAUUGCCCAUGUUGGUGCUAAACUUUGUCCUGAACAGCAUCUCUUCCCACCGCUUAUGGUUCUGACUCCCUCUCGGGGUGGCAUUAGCAUCCGAAGAGUGCUGUGUUACCCUCCAAAUAGGAAUAGGAAGGCCCGAGACAGCCUCUGGUCACAUUUCUAUUUAAGCCUUUCCACUAUGUAACUGUUUAAAAACUCCCUUUUCAACAAAUUUUGAUCCACAUUUCAGGGGAAAGGAUUGUAAGGUGAAUUUUAACAAAGUCAACCUUGUUCAUUGAUAACAAUGAAGUUACAUACUAGGAAAAAAUUUCAUGUCAUGAUAAACGUGGGUUAUAAUGAUUUUUCUCAAAAAAUUAACCUUAAAGAAUACUGAUUGCAGUCUUGGCCACUAAGUCCAGAUGUGAUUUUUAAACCACAGAGGAAUUCUUGCGAAGUCCUGAAUUGACUGUACACUCCCGUCCGCCGGGAGUGUCCCUCACCCUUGUGAAAUCAUGCGUAUGGUGCGCCUGGCCUGGUGCCAGGCUGCAGUGGACGUUGGUGAUUGGUUGAACAAUAAAGAACGUGCUUGGGAAGGAGAGGCCAUGCACUCCUGCAAGUCUG